AUACAAUUUUUUAAUUCAUCACAUAAAAAAAAAAAAAAAAAAAAAAAUACAAAAAAUAUAAAUAUUUUUUAUUUUAUCUAAAAACAAUACUUUUUUUUUUUAAACUUUUGUAAAUAUAAAAAUGGAUAGUAAUAGUAAUAAUAAUAGUAGUAAAAAAAAAAAUAAAAAACAAAACAUAAAUGGAGCAACAGAAGAUUCAAUAAUAAAUAGUAGCAACUAUGAUUUUAGUAAUGGCGGAAAUGAAAAUAGUAAAUUAGGUGUAGAACCAAAAGAGUUAGAAGAUCUUGAUGAAAAAUAUGAAAGCACCUCACGAUUAAAUAUGGUUUUAAAUUUAUUAAAAACAAUUAAAGCUGGUAUUGGGGCAGAUUUGUCACAUGUAGAAUUACCAGGAUCAUUUAUUUUACCAAUGUCAACAUUAAAAUAUUUUAAUGAUAUUUUUCUUAAAAAUUUUGAUUUAUUAUUAAAGGCAAAUAAAAUAGAAAAUGAGUCAGAAAGAAUGCUUGAAAUAUUUAAAUAUUUAAACACUACCUUAAUGGUUUCCCAAGAUCCAACUAGGAAACCAUUAAAUCCGAUACUUGGUGAAGUAUUGAUGGGUGAUUUCCAUGUCAAAGAAGAGGACGGCAAUAUUUCAACAGACAACCAUUAUUGCAUUGAGCAGGUUUCUCACCAUCCACCUUUAAGUGCCGUGGCUGUGUACAAUAAAAAAGAAGGUAUUAGAUUAUAUUUUACUUCACCAGUUCAACUUGUAUUUGCAGGAACAUAUUUUAAAAUUGGUUUUGGCAAAGAGUGCGAAAUUCAUUUUGAGAAAUAUAACCAAACAUAUAAAAUUAUUAUACCAACUUUAUGUGCACGUUAUUUAAGAGGAUUUGCUGAAUAUUGUGGAGUGGGAUCAAUUCAUUCUGAUACAGGUUCAUAUUAUAUGAAGACACAGUACUAUGCAAAACCAUUAUUAGGAGGUCAGUAUAAUUGUUUUGAAUCCUAUAUGUACAAUAACAAAAAUGAAAAGAUAUACAAGCUUCAAGGUGGAUGGAGUAGUGAAGUGAAAAUUAAAGAUUUGAAAACCAAUGAGACCAAAUCAUUUUAUAAAAAUACAGAAACCAGUGUUAUUAAAAGAAAUGAAGAUACAUCACUACCAACAGACUCAAGUAAUGUAUGGAAGGGUGUGUUUGAUGCACACCAUCAAAAAAAUUUAAAACAGAAAUCAAUAGAAAAAAGAAAAGUAGAAAAACAACAAAGACAAAAACUUGAAGAAAGAAAUACAAAUAAUAUUAAAUGGGAACCAAAACAUUUCACUAAAAACAAUGAUUUUUGGGAAUUUAAUAAUUACUAGUACACCUAUUAACAUCCAAUUAAUUAUUUAAAUAAAAAAUAAAAAAGAUCUCCAUUUGUUUCAACAUAU